AUGGCCGACAUGAACCAGGUCCCUGUUAACGGCAAUUACCCUGCUCAGCACGCGUACCCGGAGGCAUUCAACCCUGCCCACCCUACCAUGAACACUGCGGCCAACUUCCAGCCCGCUCAGUCUUCUACUCCUACUACCGCCACUCCCACCGAACAGAAGAAUGAGAUCACCAAGGACGAGGUGGGCUGGUUCUUCGUCGAGCAGUACUACACCACUAUGAGCCGUAACCCCGACAAGCUGCCCCUGUUCUACUCCCGGCGGUCUCAGCUUGUCUUUGGCACCGAGGCCGAGUCGGUCCCCGUUGCCAUCGGUACUAAGGCUAUCAAUGAGAAGAUUAAGCAGCUCGACUUCCAGGAUUGCAAGGUGCGCGUCCUGAACGUCGACUCUCAGGCAUCUUUUGACAACAUCCUGGUUGCGGUCAUUGGUGAGAUCUCCAACAAGUCCGAGCCGUCUCGCAAAUUCGCGCAGACCUUUGUUCUUGCGGAGCAGCCCAGCGGCUACUAUGUCCUCAAUGAUAUUUUCCGGUACCUGGUGGAAGAGGAGGAGUUGGUGGAAGAAAUCGCUGCUCCCGCUGAGGCCACCGAGGUCCCUGAGCCCGUUGCUACCCCUGAGGCCCAGGUGACUGACGAGGCCGCUGCCUCCAAGGUUGACGAGAAGCUUGAGAAUGAGACCAAUGGUGUGGUCGAGCAGCCUGAGGACGUUACUCCCCAGACUAAUGGCACCCCUGCUGAGGAGGAAAUUAAGGAGACUCCUAUUCCCGCAGUUGAGGCUGAGGUUGUGGAUGAUGAGAAGCCCGCCACUCCCGAGCCCUCUCCUGCCCCUGUGCAGAAGGAAGCACCUGCCGAGAAGGAGUCUGCUCCUACUCCUGCAGUCCCUAAAAGCUGGGCCAGCAUCGCCUCUUCCACCAAGCUAGGCGCCGCUCCCGUUGUUCCCGCUAUCCCCGCUGCUGCUCCCAAGGCUGCCCCCGCUGUUCCUGCUGCCAGUGCCCCUCAACCCGCCGCUGCUGCUACCCCCACGGCCGCCACAGCCGAGGCUCGCUCCCAGGAUGCUCCUUCCACCGAUGCCGCUGGUUGGCAAACCGCCGGUGCCGAGCACAAGAAGACUCAAUCUCGUGCCGAGGAGCAGAUCGUCCUGGGUUACAUGAAGAAUGUCACCGAGAAGGUCGACUUCGCUCUGCUCAAGCAAACUCUCUCCCGCUUUGGCAAGCUCAAGUUCUUCGAUAUCAACCGUCCCAAGAACUGCGCUUUCGUUGAGUUUGCUGAGCCCUCCGCCUACGCUGCUGCUGUGGCUGCCAACCCCCACCAAGUCAACGGCGAGCAGAUCAUCGUUGAAGAGCGCCGUCCUCGUGGCAACGCCUUUGGUGGCAACGGCUUCACCGGCCGUGGUGGCGCUCGUGGCCGUGGUGAUCGUGCUGGCAGCCAGGGUCGUGGUGGUUUCCAGCGUGAGGGCCGCGGUGGCUUUGCUCCCCGUGGUCGUGGUGGCAACGUGGCCGCCAACAAGGGCCGCAGCCAGACCCAGGCUGCGUAA